UGACCCUGCGCCGUGUCCACUGAGCCCCGGCCCCGGUUCCACCAUGGCCUCGCAGCCGCAGCCCCUGCGCCCCGCCGUGCCCUGUGCCUCCCCCACGGGCACCGGUGGGGCUGGGCUGGGGGCUGGCAGCCCUGAGAAAGGCCCCGCUCGCACCAAGCCACCGGUGCGGCCCAAGCCCCGGGUGCUGCCCAAGCCGGCCGUGCCCGCCAAGCCCUCCCUGCCACAGCCCCCGCUGGGGCCUCGGCACCCUCGCCCGGAGCUGCCCUCCGCUGAGAAGAUGAACCGCCUGGCUGGACCCCAGCCCUACAGUGGGGGCGGCUCGGGGGGGCCCCUCAGGCGCCCCUCCUUCACCCUCAAGUCUCCUGAGACCCCCAAUGGGAAGGGGCUCCCGUCCGCUCCGGUUGCAGCCACUGAGGACCGAGGUCCAGCCCCCGCUGAGGAGGUGCCCCCCGCCCCGCCGACCCCUUCUCGCAAAGGCCUGGCUCCCUUCAAGGUGACACCGGUGCCGGUGGCGACCAAACCGGAGCGAUUUCCAGGCACCACCGUGGAGGAGAUCUUGGCCAAAAUGGACAGCAGGGAGGGCCCGGGCAGCCCAGACCGAGCCCGGCUCUCACCCUUUUGCCCCGAUUCCUCCUCUCGCUUCGGCUCCAAGACUUUCACCGCCUUCCGGAGACGUCCCAGCGGGGAGGCGGAUGGAGCCCCCCCCGGUGAAGCCCGCCAGACACCCCAACCCACGGCGGGCGAGCUGGGGACGGGGGAUGGCGAGCACCCCAUUGCCGAGACGAGCGGCUCCCCCCCAGCCGGCCCGAGCUGUGCCGGGGACCCCCGUGGACGCCGGAGGCCGCCUUCCCCCCCUGACCUUUCCUCUCUCCAGCCGGGUACCCUCGGACCCCCUGGGUCUCCAAGGCCCCCCACCUGCCCAGCCCCAGGAGCUCCUUUCCAGCCUUCAGCCUCGGCCCCCGGCUCUCCUGAUGCCCCCCCAGAGCUCCCGGCCCCUGGGUCCCCCACCCGGGCCCCCGGCUCCCCCGAAUCUCCCCCUCAGCCUCCAGCCGAGGUCUCGGCCGCCUCCAUCCAGGCCCCGGGUGCUCCCUCCUCCUCUGCAGCCGAACCCCGGCUCAGCGUCUCCCGUUCCCCCGGCUCCCCCCACACUCCUGGAGAGGGAUCCCCCGAUACUGCCAGCCCCCCCAGCACUCCAGAACUGCCCCCCAGAGUCACCUGUCCCCCCGGCUCUCCUGAGGCUGCCACUGAGUACCCGGGUUCCCCCAGCCCACCCCCUGAGCCCUCUGCCAAAGCCUCUCGUCCCCCGGGCUCCCCAGAGGGACCCGAUGACUCCCCAGUGUCCCCACAGUCCUCUGAGGGUCCUGAUUUCAGCCCCCCUCGCUCUUGCAGGGACUCCGGGCUCCGGCGCUCUUCGGAGGGGGUGCUGCAGCCCCCGGCGGUGGGGCAGGGCAUGGGGGAGCUGGGGGGCUCGCUGAGCGCCCUGCCCUGUUCUGGGGACCCACCGCCAGAGCCGUCUCUGGGCAGUGAGUCCGGCUGGAGCCUCUCCCAGUCCUUUGAGUGGACGUUCCCCUCGCGGGGGGCACGGCGGCUGGCGUCUCCCCCCCAGUCCCCCAUCCAGGAGACGGCCGACUCGGGGCUCUCUGCAGAGGGGGAGUCAGAUGGGGAGGACCUGGUCCCAGGCCCCCCAUGUUCCUGGGGGGACAGUGGGUCCCAAGGGCCUGGCAGCCGGGGAGCGGAGGGGGCUCCGUGUCCAGGGGGGCCUAUGCCCCAGCGAGAGGCCGAGGGCUCGGCGGAGGAGGAGGAGGAGGAGGAAGGGGAGACAGAGCAGGAUGCCACUGUUCCCUGCUUCCCUCUCUGUGUGGUGGAGCCCGACCAGGACCCAGCCGAGCCUGAGCACCCUGUGCAGCCCGGGCCCUUCACCGAGACCACCCUGCCGCGUCCGGGAACCGUGGACAACUGCCCCGCCAGCCCACAGGGUCCUGGUGGGCCGGGCCAGGCCGAGGCACCCCCGAGGGACCCCCAGCCCCAUGGUGACCCGGGCUGGCUGGAGGAGCUGCUGUCCUCGCCCGGGGCCCACAGCUCUCCGCAGGACCUGCUCGGCUGGUCGCGGAAGGACCUGUGCAGUGAGUUCGGCAUUGGCAGACCUCAGCAGCCCCGCACCUUCGACUGGACCCCAGAGGCUGUGGUCAGGGAGAGAGACUGGCCUGGUGACACGGUGCAGGACCGGGAAUUUGGGACCAAAUUGAGCUGGGACAGCAGCCGCAGCGUCAGGGAUGGGGACCGGCAGGACAGCCCCUUCGGCAGCGCAGGGAAGGACUGGGGCAGCGGUUACAAAGGGACGGAGCUGAUGGGGGAAGCGAGACGGGGCUGCAGCGACUGGCCCGAGUCCCGUGGCACCCAGGAAAGCUGCCUGCGGGAUCAAGCCUUCGGUGCCGGCCAGCCCCAGUGGGGCACGGGCUACGGCUUGGAGAGUGCAGGCAGCAGGGAGGAGAUGGGCUCUGGGAAGGCCAACUGGACCCGCAGCUACGGCGUGGGACACGGCCAGCAGCAGCAGGAGCAGACAAGCUCCAGGCAGCCCAGCUGGGCUGGCAGGUACAGCUCUGGGGACACGGAGAGCCGGGACGGGGACAUCGCUCCUGCCUGGGCUGGUCGAUACAGCACCGGCGAGGCAGAGGCAAAGGACAGGGAGCUCACCCCAGACUGGACCAGCAAAUACAGCAGCAGGGAUGCUGAGAGCAAGGAAGAGGAUUUUACGCUGGGCUGGGCUGGCAGAUCCAGCACUGGGGACACUGGGACCCCAGAGAAGGAGUUCAGCCCCAGCAGGCCAGCCUGGGACAGCAAAUACAGCAGCAGGGACAUGGAGAGCCAGGACAGGGAGUUUAGCCCCAGCAGACCAGCUUGGACUGGUGAGUACAGCACCCGAGACAUGGAGAGCCAGGACAGGGAGUUCAGCCCCAGCAGGCCGGCUGAGGCUGGUGGAUACACCUCCAGGGAUGUAGAGAGCCAGGACAGGGAGUUCCAGCCCAGGAGAUCAGCUUGGGAUGAUGGAUACAGCAGCAGAGAGAUGAAGACCCAGGAGAAGGAGUUCAAGCCCAGCAGAUCAACCUGGGAUGACGAACACAACACCAGGGAUGUGGAGAGGCAGGACAGGGAGUUCAGCCCCAGCAGACCCGCCUGGGACAGCAAAUACAGCAGCAGGGACACGGAGACCCAGGACCGGGAGUUCAGCCCCAGCAGAACGGCCUGGGAUAGUGAGUACCACAGCAGGGAUGUGGAGAGCCAGGAUGAGGAAUUCAAACCCAGGAGAUCGGCAUGGGAUGAUGAACGCAGCACCAGGGACAUGGAGACCCAGGAUGAGGAGUUCCAACCCAGGAGAUCGACAUGGGAUGAUGAACGCAGCACCAGGGCCAUGGAGACCCAGGAUGGGGAGUUCCAACCCAGGAGAUCGACAUGGGAUGAUGAGCGCAGCACCAGGGACGUGGAGACACAAGACCAGGAGUUCAGCCUCAGCAGAGCAGCCUGGGAUAGUGGGUACCGCAGCGGGGACACAGAGAGCCAGGACAGGGAAUUCAGCCCCAGCAGACAGGCCGUAGCCAGCGAGUGCAGCACCAGGGAUGUGGAGACCCGGGAUGGGGAGUUCCAGCCCAGGAGAUCGGGAUGGGAUGAUGAGCGCAGCACCAGGGACGUGGAGACCCAGGACGAGGAGUUCAGCCCCAGCAGAUUGCCCUGGGCCAGUGAGUACAGCAGCAGGGAGGUGGAGAGCCAGGAGCAGGAGUUGAGCCCCAGCAGAGCGGCCGUGGCCAGCGAGUGCAGCAGCAGGGAGAUGGAGAGCCAGGACAGCGGCUUCGAGCCCAGCAGACCCAUGUGGGAGGACAGCUACGGCACCAGGGACAUGGAGAGCCAGGAUGGGGAGUUCAGCCCCAGCAGACCGGCCUGGGCCAGCGAGUUCAGCUCUGCAAACACCACAAAGGAAGACGAAGAGUUCAGUCCUGCCCGGCUGAGCUGGGCUGGUGAGUGCAACGUUGGCCAAAAGGAGCUGGUUGAUGUGUUUGGUGUCAGGAAGGGUGACUUGCCCGGCUCUGGUGCCCCUGAUGCCCCGGUGCAGGAGCCCGGCUGGGUCAGCGCUGGCCAGCAGGAGCACAGUGCCACCCACAGCAAGGGCUGGGCUGAAGAGCUUGGGGGAGCCGAGUGCCACAACCAAUUUGGCAUCAUUGGGACAGAGCGAGUGCCGGAUCCCUGCAGCGCCGGAGGCUCAUCGGAUGGCUUGAUGUCCUGGGCUGGAGGAACGAGUUCCGGGGGGCAGCAGGAGCCCCGCGGGGACUGGGAGAGGGAUGAUGCCAGCUGUGUGGGCACCGGUGAUGCCAGUAGGGUCAGACCGGGCCAGACGGCCUGGGGUGAGGGCCUGGGCCACCUGCCUGCCCCGAGCAGCUCUGCCCAGCCCCGGGAGGCCGGGCUGGAGGAGCGGGGCUGGAGCCAGGACGCGGAGGUGUCUGGCUGGAGCGUGGAGCUGUGCGACACCGAGGCCACGCACCAGGAGUGGGCCAGUGCCUUUGGCGCCCGCUGCGCCGCCCGCAGCCGGGACUUCAGCGCUGAGGAGCAGAGCCCGGGGGACGACGCUGGCUCCACGGACAGAAGCGUCCCUCUCUUGGACCCCAGCCCACCCACGGGUGGUGCUCCGGCUGCCCCCCCUGCUGCAGCAUCCCCCUGGAGUGAGCCCCCCAACCCCACCGAGGAGGAGAGGAACCUCCCUGAGCUGACCACUGUCCCGCCGAGCCCUGGGGCCUGCCAUCUGCUGCCGGAGGCUGCCGGCGGGACUCUGCCCGACAUGGGGAGUGAAGAUGCCCCCUCGGACCACCCGGAUGGGCAGAGACCACCGAGCCGGGAGGAGAAGCGGCUCUCCCUGGCCCCGGCUCAGUCCGAGGGACCCACGGACCAGGCCGGGCAGGAAUUCACCUUCCUGGAGGACACGGAGGUCCUGGACAGCAGCGUGUACCGCACCAAGGCCAACCUGGGCCGCAAGCGCCGGCACCGGGCCCCAGCCCUCCGUCCCGGGGCCACCGCCGAGGGGGACAGCUGGAUCUUCCGUGACUCCACAGAGCCCCGGCCAGCCCCGGCAGCGUCCUCCGACGAGGAGACAGUGGAGGAACCCAAGAGCCGGCGUGUGCGGGCGUCCCUCUCGAGCAAGGGGGUGAAGGUGCCGCUCUUCCCUGGCCUCAGCACCUCUGCCCUCAAGGCCAAGCUGAGGGGCCGAAACCGCUCAGCUGAGGAGGGGGCAGCACCAGGGGACAGCAAGGUCACCCCCCCCAAGGACCCCCACGUGCAGCGCUCCAAGUCCUGCAAGAUUCCCGGCUUGAGUGGGAAACCCCUGUCGCUGCCCCCCAAGCCGGAGAAGUCCUCGGGGUCCGAGGCCUCGCCCCCGCACUGGCUGCAGGCGCUGAAGCUGAAAAAGAAGAAACCUUGAGCGGGGCUCGCCCUCCUGCCCACGUGCCCCCGAGGCUGAUGGCCGCCGUCCCCAGGGCCAGGCCUCCCCCUCCCCGCGGGGACACACACACACACAUCUAUGCACUUUGUACGAUGCUCGCAGGGUCCCCC